AGUUUGUUGAGGCUUUCUUUUGGGGGGAUAUCUUAUACGAAGUACUGCUGCUUGAGACAAUAGACCCACCUCGACUGUGUGGGUCUCAGCUCUCAAACUCACCUUUUAUGAACUGAGUUCCUGCUCUACACCGCUCCCUCCCUUUCCCUCACAACCACACCUCGAGACAUUGAGAUCUCUCACAGCAAAUAUGUCUGCCUCAAUCUCGCCCGCCAUGGAAGCCUUCCCAGACGACCCCCUCGUCCAAGCCGUGACGGCCCACGUAAAAGAGUACAUGCAAGCCUACGACGCCUCUCACUCCUGGGACCACAUCGAGCGCGUCGUGUCACUAGCCCAUCACAUCUACAACCACUCCGACGCCGCCUUCCAAGCAACCGUCGACCUGCGCAUCAUCCACCUCGCCGCCCUCCUCCACGACGUCGGCGACCGCAAAUACCUCCAACCCGGCGAGACCCCCCACAGCCAAAUCGCCACCCUCCUCACCACCCUCACCUGCCCGCCCCAACUCGCCACCCUCAUCCAAACCAUCUGCACGGGCGUGAGCUACAGCGGCGAGAAGGCCGACCCGGCGGCGUGCGCCGCGCUGGUGGCCGCCCACCCGGAGCUGGCCGUGGUGCAGGACGCGGAUAGGCUGGACGCCAUGGGUGCCGUCGGGCUGGGCAGGCUGUUUACGUACGGCGGGGCGCGCACGGCGAGGGCGAUGGCGGAUUCGAUGGCGCAUUUGGAUGAGAAGUUGGUGCGGCUGGAGGGGAUGAUGAAGACGGAGGUCGGGAGGGGGUUGGCGAGGGUCAGGGGGGAGAGGUUGGCGGUUUUUAGGGCGUGGUGGGUGGAGGAGGCGGGGGAGGUGGGGGUGUAG